AUGUCUACAUACAUUCUUAAUCCCGGGGAGUGGCUCGAACCAGGUCACAGUCUGAAGAGUAGAAACGGCGGAGUCGAGUUCAGUAUGCAAACCGAUGGCAGGAUUGUCCUGUAUCACUGGGGUCAGUGCGUGUUCCAGAACACAACCGAACAGCGCAACGACAUCAAGGGGUUGAAGAUGAAAAAAGAUGGAAAUCUUUGUCUGUAUACCAAUCAUGGCAAACUCGUCUGGCAGACUGAAACUGCUUAUCCCAUAGGGGACCACAGCGUCGCUUGCGUCGUGCAGGAUGAUGGUAACAUCGUUCUCUACAGGGGUGAAAAUGCCAUUUGGUCCUCUCGUACCCCAAUUGCUCUUGAUCAUAUUUGCUCUGGCAGUUGCAUUCGGAGUCAUGGGGAUCCCAGGGGCUUGGAGAAAUAG